AAAUCGUAUUGACAAACCAACGGUAAAAUGACUCGUCUCGCGAUACCGUCUACCAAACUACCUUUCGCGUUGAGUUUUCUUUAUUCGAGAAUUCGUGCCGCUCACACAGAUAUACCGAGGAUUAGUUUUCAAGAGUACCGCAGAAAAACUGUUCAAGACCCAAACGUGUCGUCCGCGCGAACUAUCGAUGAACGAAGAACGACGAGUUCUGUAUCCUCCUUCGUUGCCAGUGUCGCUGCUCUUUAUGGAAUAAAGUCUCACGUGUUGCACUACGUCUCGUUUAUGUCUCCAUCGCGAGAUAUUCUAGCCGAUGCACAGAUAGAAAUUAAUUUGCAAAAUACAAAGGUGGGGGCAGUAUCGAUUGUCAAGUGGCGAGAAAAACCUAUUUUCGUAUAUCACCGGCCGCAGUCUAUCAUAGACCAAGAGAAACUCGUGAAUCUCUCGAUAUUAAGAGAUCCAGCACGCGACGACGAAAGGACUAAAAGACCAGAGUGGCUGGUCGUGAUUGGGAUUUGCACGCACCUUGGUUGCAUUCCGAUUCCCAAUGCUGGUAUUAUACCUGGUGGAUUUUAUUGUCCGUGCCACGGAUCGCACUUCGAUGGAGCUGGUCGCGUACGUCAGGGGCCAGCACCUACCAAUUUGGAAAUACCCCCAUACAAAUUUCUUCAAAACGAUUCCAUUCUUGUUGGUUGACGACACCGAUACCGCGCGCGCGCGCUGCAAUCUCGUCCCUAUUAUUACUUUUACUCUCCUUUUCUCCGUUUCC